CAAUCGCGCGAGACUCGAAAAAGAAUACGGCCAAGCCCAAGCCAGGCAGAGCAACCGAGGCCCUUUACAAAAUGUCAAAGAAACGUGGACUCAGUUUGGAGGAAAAGAGGCAGAGGAUGCAAGAGAUAUUUUUUGAAAAGAAAGGUGUAUUCCAGCUGAAAGAAAUUGAGAAAAUAGCACCUAAGGAAAAGGGUAUAACCCCUAUGGCAGUUAAAGAUGUACUCCAAAGCCUUGUAGAUGAUGGAUUGGUGGACUCUGAUAGGAUAGGAACGUCAAAUUACUUCUGGGCCUUCCCGAGUAAGGCUAGCCAAGUGAGAAAGAGGAAAAUUCAAGAUCUUACUAAAGCCCUGGAUGAAAGUGAAAAGAAGCGGAUAUCCCUGGAGAAAACUGCAGCCAAGUCAACAGUGGGCAAAGAGGAAUCUGAUGAAAGGGCGGAACUUCUUAAGGUCUUGUCAGAAAAGGAGACAGAAAACAGUAGGUUAGAUGCUGAGCUAGAGCGAUUUAGAGAAUGUGACCCGGAAGUGAUUGAGGAGGUCAAGGCAGAAACAAUGGUUGCCAAGGAAGCAACAAACAGAUGGACAGACAAUGUAUUCUCUAUCAAGUCAUGGUGUAAGAAGAAGUUCUGCUUGGAGGAGAAAUUGCUGGACAAACAGUUUGGAAUUCCUGAAGACUUUGACUACGUUGACUGAGUGAUCAUAAUCAGCAGGGGACAAUGAAGAAAACAAUACAAAAACAUUUCAGAAUCUCUGAGAGGCCUGAAUGUGACCUUCAGGUCAGUGGACUAUUCAUGCCAAGUGUGCCGGAAUAACGAACGUUAGUUUGGACCCAGAUUUGGUAUUACAUUUACCAGGUGAAUAUGCACUACCAAAACAUGUUAGAAUGUAGAGAUAUUCAGGAAUAUUUAUGGACUACAUGCAUCAUUGCUGUAUUGCCAGUUGAUUUCUUCUGUUCUUUAACUCUUUGCCCGCCAUGGACGACUCGCGGCACAUACAGCGGACUGCCAACGACGACUCAAGUCACAGUUUGCACACAAUGCAUACGGUACGCAUUUAAUUGUAAUUGUGUGCACACACAUAGAAUAGCGACGCGUGUAUUGCAUUGUUUACAAAUCUAGCUUUCGUGUUAUAGCUUUCGCCAACGUUGUUUACAUAGAGAUUUUUCGCGUAAAAUUUAGUUUUUUGAACUGCUUUAGGAUAUAUUGCGAUGAGCUUUCAAUAGCUUGCACUGCCUUCCUUGUAAUAAAAGAAUGAUACAAAUUGCCACCUCCCUAUAACAAUAAGGGGAUCAAAGUAUCAAUAGACGGGAAGUCUCCCAGGACGGGAAGUCCAUUGAGAAGUAGCCAGGGACAAUUUCAAUAGAAGAGUUUAGUUCAUUGUCAGUUUACUAUUUUUGAAUGCCCCAUUUCAAUCCUAAACUGCUUAGCUCAUAAUGACCAUAAAGACAUGGAUUUGGUAUGUAAUGAAAGCUAAAGAACACAUCUUUUCAAUGGACUAACUUAGAAAUUUAACCUUCAUUAGGAAGUAUUGAAUAUAAGAGGUAUACAAUACCCUCCUAAACGAAAAAUUGGAAAAAGUUAAAAUUCUCAAAAUCUAUGAUUUUAUACAUAGCAAAAAUGAUACCAUUGGCAAGAGUAUUCAUUUCUCUAAAACUUAGCUACACAAUUUGUUUUCAAUACGACAAACCAGUAAUAAGCUAUUGCGAGUUGAAUAAGACAGUGCACGCAAACCCCCUCUGAAUGUGGCACCCCAAAAUUAAUGUGGCGCAGGGGGAUAGUGUACGUGGCAGGCAAAGAGUUAAUAGAUGUACCGGACAUUUGUUUGGAUCUAAGUUUGAUAUGAUAUCUUCAUAUACCAUGGAACAAAUUUCAAUCAAAGCAGUUUAGACCAGCCCUUGCCUUUUUAAGAAUUUUUUUUGAAAUAUUGAAGUAAAACCACUGUUAGUAAUUUCAAGGGCAGGAAGGCAGCUGAGGUUGGCCUCGUUACCAUGGGCAUAUUCAAGCCCUGGUUUAAAAUCUCAAGGAACUGUGGACCAAGUGUCAUUAUCUAGUUGAUUAUUUCAGGGAUGCCACUUAGAAUGAUCAAAGGUCUGAACAUCAUCUAGAAUUGGACAUUCCAUGCACAAACAAUAAUGUUUCCUAGUAUUACUAAGAAGUUUUGAAAAUCUGAAUUCAGAAUAUAGUCUGAAAAGUGGCGUCCGUUACUUUCUCCAUACGUGUUCACUUAGGAAUACCUGAUUUUUUUUUUACCUAGGUAUGGUACUGUAUGGUGUUUAGCAGAUGACAAUUAUUUGCCAAAGGCCGAAAGCAGUUCAAAAAGACACAAGGGUAUGAGGGCAAAUAAAUUUUGUACUUCACAUCUUAAUAUCUUAGACCUUCCUGAAUGAUUUGUCUUUGUUUUGUAUGUGUAAUCGAAUGGUUUGUUAAACCCAGGGUUGAAGUUGGUAAUCUGAUUAUUGUGUGGAAUUUAGAGUAGAGCAAUUGUUACCAGAGCAAAUGUCACAGAACCCUCAAUACAGGCCAUUCAAUAAAUGCAUGUCAUCAACCAAAAAAAAAUACAUGUACAGCUUACACUCUAAAAACACUGAGUAAAAUUUUACCCAAUAUUGGGUUGAAAGGGAACAUGCAUGUUUGCUGGGUAUUUUUUUUUACCCCAUAUUGGGCUAUUUCAAUGCAACAUUGCAUAAAAUUUACAAAAAAAGUUACCCAACCAACAUGCAUGUUCCCAUUUUACCCAAUAUUGGGUAAACCUUUUUCAGAGUGUAAGAAACAAAUUAGAAAAUGAGAUAUUAGAUUUUGAUAAACAGACAAUAAAUGAAACAUGGUCAUUUUCAAUGAUGAAUUCAAAUUUUAAUCAAAGAAAUCAUGAUAUAAUUUUAGCAGUCUGUUUAAUUGCGUAAUCAAAAUAAUAUAAAUAAAAUCAUUCUAAGGGUGCACAAAAAAAAAUACCUCAAUAAUACAAAAUACACAUGUAUAUUUAAAAGCAGUUUAUUCAAGUUGAAUAUCAUCAAAUUUGUGUGAUAUAUAACCAAACAUCUUGAAAAGCUUGGCAUAUAAAGUCUUUAUAAAGUAAUCUGCCUGAGUGCCCGAUAUAUAUAUAUACAUGUAUGUAUAAUUUCUUCCAAAGUUAUUAGAUUUUACUCUUCUGCAAACCAUAUUUUUUCUUUAAAAGGUACAGUAGUGCAUCAAUGUGAAAUGGAACUAGAAAGCAGGUUAUAGUUCAAGAUGUAAUUACAGUGCAUCAAAUUGAUGCCUGUUGCCAUGGUUAAGCAUGCUAGUUUAUUUAUGAGUCCACAGUUUUGAAGAAUUGACUCAUUAAUUAAAAAAUGACCUUUAAAGAAAUUAUAUUCAUUACUAAAUUUGUCUUCCAGAUGGCUUCCCAGGUACACAGGUACGUCUUUUCUAAAAUACAGUCAGAUUAAUAUUUACCAGUACAAUGCAUAUAUUACAAAUGAUUUGUAUAAUAAAUGUAUGUGUUAUACUAUUAGAUUUUAUUUGUAACUUUUGUAAUGUCACGUUUCAGGUUAAAAUGAUUUCACUUUAAUCCACCACCCAGACUAUAGCCAGUCAUUGUUUAAUGGAAUUGAUAAGUGCUAUUUAUUAAAAGAGGAAAUAUUAAU